AUGGGCAGCGGAGCCAGUUCUGAGAGCAAGGAGUCAGCCAGAAGAUCCAGAGAACUGGAAAAGAAACUCCAGGCUGAUGCAGAGAGAGAAGCCAGGACAGUCAAACUCCUACUGUUGGGUGCUGGAGAGUCAGGGAAGAGCACUAUUGUAAAGCAAAUGAAGAUUAUCCAUAAAGAUGGUUUUACCUACCAGGAACGCAUGGAGUUCAGACCUGUCAUUUAUAGUAAUACAGUGCAGUCUAUCCUGUCAAUUGUGAAAGCAAUGAUCAAGUUAGGAAUCAGCUAUGAAAAUCCAGCUAGAAUUGAAGAUGAAAGGAAGCUGUGUGCCAUGGCAACAGCUCUGGAAGAUGGUGACAUGUCUUCUGAAUUGGUUGAACUCAUCAAACAACUGUGGAGCGACGGCGGGACCCAGGCCUGCUUUGCAAGGGCAUCAGAGUACCAGCUCAAUGACUCAGCAGCCUAUUACCUCAAUGACUUGGAUAGGUUAGCAAUGCCAAACUAUGUGCCUACUGAGCAAGAUGUUUUGCAUUCCCGAGUGAAAACAACUGGGAUUAUUGAGACUCAGUUUUCUUUCAAGGACUUGAACUUCAGGAUGUUUGAUGUGGGUGGACAGCGAUCAGAGAGGAAAAAGUGGAUUCACUGCUUUGAAGGAGUUACUUGCAUCAUAUUCUGUGCUGCACUCAGUGCCUAUGACAUGGUUCUGGUGGAAGAUAAAGAAGUGAACAGAAUGCAUGAAAGUCUUCAGCUGUUCAACAGCAUCUGCAACCACAAAUGCUUUGCAGCCACUUCCAUUGUGUUGUUUCUAAACAAAAAAGACCUCUUUCAAGAGAAAAUAACAAAAGUUCACCUGAAUAUCUGCUUUCCUGAGUAUAAUGGACAAAACACAUUUGAAGAUGCUGGAAAUUACAUUAAGAAACAAUUUCUAGACUUGAAUCUAAGGAAAGAAGAUAAGGAAAUCUAUUCUCACUUGACAUGUGCAACAGACACCCAGAAUGUCAAGUUUGUAUUUGAUGCAGUCACAGACAUAAUCAUCAAAGAAAAUCUGAAAGACUGUGGCCUUUUCUAGCCAUUCAUUCUCUUGCUCACGUCU